CCAAAAACGUCCCACUUUGAGCAUUUGAAAAGGUGGCUCCUAAUAAUUUCACCAAAAAAAAAAAAAAAAUGAUCAAAACAAUCGGGUUACCAUGACAACCAAAGCCAAACUUUUGUAAGCUACGCAUUAAAUGUAACAUGAGUCAGCCCCAUUAGUGCUGUUAAGUACACCGGUAACCAAUGUAGGAACUGUACAUUUCAGUUUUCAUUUCCCAGUCGGACUUAUUUGAGGUCAUUACCUUGAUUCCGCGCUGUUCAAUCCGCCGUUGGAAACCAACAUGGCAACAACAACAGCAACAACUAAAGUUCCUGAAGUACGAGAUGUUACCAGGAUUGAAAGAAUUGGAGCCCAUUCACAUAUCCGUGGCCUUGGACUAGAUGAUGCUUUGGAACCUAGACAGGUUUCCCAAGGGAUGGUGGGUCAGCUUGCAGCCCGUCGAGCUGCUGGUGUAAUCUUAGAGAUGAUAAAAGAAGGGAAGAUCUCUGGCAGAGCAGUACUAAUUGCUGGACAGCCUGGCACUGGAAAAACAGCCAUUGCUAUGGGUAUGGCUCAGGCCUUGGGACAAGACACUCCAUUCACAGCAAUUGCUGGCAGUGAGAUCUUUUCCUUAGAAAUGAGUAAGACUGAGGCACUGACCCAAGCUUUCCGACGCUCGAUUGGCGUCCGAAUCAAGGAAGAGACAGAAAUUAUUGAGGGUGAGGUGGUAGAAAUCCAAAUAGACAGACCAGCCACAGGAACGGGUACUAAAGUAGGUAAAUUGACACUAAAGACAACAGAGAUGGAGACAAUUUAUGACCUUGGAACAAAAAUGAUUGAAUCCUUGACUAAAGAAAAGGUCCAAGCUGGUGAUGUCAUCACUAUUGACAAAGCAACAGGAAAGAUAACUAAGCUUGGUCGUGCAUUCACUCGUGCCCGGGACUAUGAUGCCAUGGGGUCACAGACCAAGUUUGUUCAGUGCCCAGAUGGAGAACUGCAAAAGCGUAAGGAAGUGGUGCAUACAGUAACUCUGCAUGAGAUAGAUGUGAUCAACAGCAGGACCCAGGGCUUCCUUGCUCUCUUUUCAGGAGACACUGGAGAGAUAAAGAUGGAAGUCCGAGAGCAAAUCAACGCUAAAGUUGCAGAGUGGAGGGAGGAAGGAAAAGCUGAGAUUAUCCCUGGGGUUUUAUUUAUUGAUGAGGUGCACAUGCUAGAUAUUGAGAGCUUUUCCUUUCUGAACCGGGCCCUGGAAAGUGACAUGGCCCCUGUAUUGAUCAUGGCUACAAAUCGAGGAAUCACUAGAAUCCGUGGAACAAAUUAUCAGAGUCCCCAUGGAAUACCUCUUGAUUUACUGGACCGCAUGCUUAUCAUAUCCACAACUCCAUACAAUGAAAAGGAGACAAAACAGAUCCUUAAAAUUAGAUGUGAAGAAGAAGAUGUUGAAAUGAGUGAAGAUGCUUACACAGUUCUAACAAGGAUUGGUUUAGAAACAUCACUCCGUUAUGCUAUUCAGCUUAUUACAGCUGCAAGCUUAGUCUGCCGCAAGAGAAAGGGUACAGAGGUGCAGGUAGAUGAUAUCAAGCGGGUUUAUUCACUCUUUCUUGAUGAAUCCAGAUCUACACAGUACAUGAAGGAAUAUCAGGAUGCUUUUAUGUUCAAUGAGUUAAAAAGGGAUGCAAUGGAUACAUCUUGAUAAUGGUUACGAGAGACCAUUAUUAGUGUCAGAGGUGACUGAUUUAAUUUGUAAAUCCACAAUUGCGCAUUCUUCCAAAAGCUGUCUCAUCAUUUUUUUUUAAUCAACUUUAAAAACUCAGUUCAGUUUUAUAAAUUAAACAUGUUUUUCCAGAGAA